UAACAAAACAGUGGACGAUCUGCUUGGCCGGUUGAGUUCACUUCCUGUGCAGCUCAAACAAUGUUCCCGCCUGGCGAGAAGCCGUCAAAGCAAAGUUCCGCCUAACUGAGCGACAGAAGUUUUGAUGCGGUUGCGGCACUUAUCUUUAAAUCAAAGAAGAGGAAGAAGACGCAGAUGUGGAUCAUUGACCUAAUGAGACCGAAAGUUCUCUUGAAUGUUAUUUGUCAAGAGUGAAAUCUGCAAGUCAUGAUAACUGUACUUCAUUUAGGUGUUAUAGUAGCGGUUCUUUCAGCAACACUGGCUAAAGAAGAUAUCAAAGUAUCCUGCUUAAAAGACUCUGUGAGCAUUGCAUGGAGAAUCCAAGCCGAUUUGGUACCAUAUGUGGCACGCAUUUUUCUUGGAAACUGCAAACCAUCACAGUUCCAUGUUUUGCCCACUGGAGACGGGGAAGUGCUCUUUCAUUAUCAAUUUGCAGAGUGCAGAUUUAAAAAGCGGAUGAAAGGGAAGUACAUUAUAUUUGAAAAUGAACUUGCCUUCAGGCCACAACAAAGGAUGAAACCUGCAGCCUUUGUGUUUCCUAUAAAGUGUGUAACUAAAAGACCUGACAGUUGGGUUCCACAGUUCCUAAAUCCUGGAGCAGGUUCAUCUGAAGCUCGAGGAGGCUUGGUUUUCCACAUGGCUCUUUUAAAUGCUGAACUAACGGGUAUUGCAGAAAGUAAUAUUAUCCCUCUGGGCUCAUUCAUGCCAAUAUGGGCUGCAGUAGAUCAAAAGUCCCAUCAGCCUUUACUGCUACUCAUGGAGGAGUGUAUUGCAGCAACAACUCCCAAGCUUUAUCCUGAUAGCCAAGUGUACCCCCUCAUUACUAAUCAAGGAUGUCUUGUGGAAAGUCAGGUGGGAAACUCUGUUUUCCUUCCUCGAUAUCACUCGUCUUCAAUCAUCGUAUAUCUUCAGUCGUUCAGAUUUGGACUCGGACAGGAGUUGUACAUACACUGUAAAUUGAUUGCUUGGGACCCAGACCAUUUGGAUAGGACAAAGAAGGCCUGCUAUUAUUCUAAAAAGAGUGGGAGCUGGGAGCUCUUAGACAGUCCGGAAAAGAGUUCCAUCUGUAGUUGCUGUGCUUCGAACUGCAUGACAAGAUCCAGGAGACACAUUGAUAUUGAAUUGGAAGCUCUCUCCUACCACUCCAUUGUAGGACCAGUAAUUAUAGUUGAUCAAUCGGACCGAGGAGUGCAGGACACAAAAACUGGAUCCACGUCUACUGUUGUAUGACAGUGAAUUAAAGAAAUUGAUUAAUUCUGAGUUUGAAGACCAAUAUGCCCACUAAUGGUGUAAAAAGGCAAUCAUCAGAACUUGCAAGAUCUAAAAGAUUCUUUAAACUCUGCUGUAUAAACUACCUAACAGUCAUCUUAUUAAUGCUGAAUAUAGGGCACUAUAAAAAAGGGAUGGAUGGAAUGGAAAAUUUGUUUCAAUUUUCAUUUUAAAAACUAAAUAAAAAUGCCUUUCAACAUUGA